AUGAAUGAAAUUCGAGGGAAAAUGAUUCCAAUUCCUUCGAAUUCAUGUGUUUGGUUAGAUUUAGAGGAGGGAAAAGGAUUUCUAAAUGAAAUAAACUUUCCACCAUAUGGAGGAAAGUGGAAGAUUACAAAAAUACCCCUUGACUUAUCAGAAAACCCCCCACCACUAUCACCGAUCACCACCACCGUUGCUACCAUCGCCAUCACCACCAUCACCACCACCGUUGCCGCCCACCGACCACCACCACCACCACCGUUGCCGCCACAACCACUACCACCGCCGUUGUUUCCACCACCGCCGCCACUGCCACGGACCACCACUACCAUCGCCAUGACCACCAGUCACCACCACCGUCGCCGCCACCACCACCCACCAUCACCACCGCCGCCACCCACAGCCACUUCCUGCGAUGUCACCACCAUUACCAUCAUCGUCGUUACCACCGUCGCCGCCUCCUCCAACCAACACCACCACCACCCAGCCACCACCACCGUUACCAUUGUCGCUACCACCACCACUACCAAUGCCAUCACCCACCAUCACUGCCGCCACUACCACCACUAA